UAUGUCAACUGUUGUUUUGAAUAGAAGUGUAAGCCACAAGGAGCCGUGGUAAGUUAUUUAGAAGAAGAAAAUGUCUUGUUGUUACUUUAAAUUGCAUUUACGCCAAAUACAUAAUGACAACGUCUGAGCUGUUCCGGUCGCCGUGAAAGAAGCCGGCGUGUCCAGCCCUGACUAUGAAGACACCUGGCGACACGUGAAGGACAAACAGACUGCACGAGUGUUUACAUUCAGACAGAUGAAGAACUUUGUCAACACGUCCGUCAAACGCUGGUUCCCAGCCGUUAGACCCUUCCUGUGUUCCGGUCAGCGCUUCUCCACUGUAGGAGAAACAAACAGAGAUGGAAGUGAAGGAGGAGCAGGCUCUAAACGUCUCACAGAGGAGGCUUCACUCUAUGUCCACUGGCCCUACUGCCUCAGAAGAUGUUCCUACUGCAACUUUAACAAGUACAUUCCCAGGGAGGACAACCACCGUGUAAUGACUGAGUGUCUGCAGCGAGAGACUGAGACUCUGCUGAGACUCAGUCAGGUUUCCUGCAUCACAUCUGUGUUUUUCGGGGGUGGGACUCCAAGCUUGGCCCCCCCUUCCUCCAUCGCUGCAGUCCUGGAAAGUGUUUCCAGGCAGGUGACUCUGCCAGACCAGGCCGAGGUUUCACUCGAGGUCAAUCCUACUCCUGCGGGAAUGUCAAAGCUGGAGGACUACUGCCAAGCCGGUGUCAACCGUUUCUCCAUAGGUGUUCAGUCUAUGCAGGAUGCUGAUCUGGAAGUCCUGGGGAGGGACCACAGCUCAUGUCAGGCUUUACAGACCAUUGAAGAAGCCCAGAGGUUGUGUCCAGGAAGGGUGUCAGUAGAUGUGAUGUUUGGUCGACCCGGACAGAGUGUUAAAUCCUGGGAGGAGGAGUUGUCUGAGCUGCUGAAGGUGUGUGAUGACCAUGUGUCACUGUACCAGCUGACCCUGGAGAGAGGCACGCAGCUCUUCAAAAAGGUGCAGAGAGGUGAUCUGACUGUGCCGACUGAAGACCAGACGGCACAGAUGUACCAGUCUGCUAGGAGGUUUCUGCAGCAGAGGGGCUUCGAGCAGUAUGAAGUGUCCAACUUUGCCAGAAAUAACGCAGCGAGCCUCCACAAUCUGAGCUACUGGAAGGGAAGACAGUACAUAGGCGUAGGUCCAGGUGCACAUGGGCGGUUUGUGCCCUUGGGCGGGGGAGGUGUUGGCCGCGAGGCGCGGACGCAGACGAUGGAGCCUGACGUGUGGAUACGAGAAGUCCAGCAAAGGGGACAUGGGACACGGAGGAGGAUGGAGCUCAGCUGUGUUGAAGUAUUGGAGGAGGUGUUGGUGAUGGGGAUGAGGAUGACUGAGGGCAUUAGUCACAAGCACUGGGAAUUGUUCAGUCCUCAGCUGAGCCUCCGUGAUGUCUUUGGAACGUCCACUCGUGUCCGAGAGCUGCUGCAGAAUGGACAGCUGAUCCUGGAUGACAGGUCACUGGGGUCUCCGCUGCUCCUGGGAGGGUCUGGCCUUAUUGGACAGCGUUCUACCAGCUUUACUGGUGGAACUAGAAACCAAAGUUCUUCAGAAAUGUGAGCGACACCUCAGAGCUGAUGAACAUGAUUCUGGAGCAGCUAACCUUUAAAGCUGAAAUGGCUAAGUCUGCAGUAACACUGUAUGAAGCACUGCCACGCUAAUAACAAGCUAGCUUUUCUAAA